AUGACAGCCAUGCCCCCUCCGCGCCACCGAGGCGCUGCUAAGAAGCCCAUGUGGAUCAUAGUGCUAUUGUCAUUGGUUUGUGUUUCCCUUAUGGGGGCCUAUGUCUACCCACCACGACGCUACUCCGCAUGCUACUUCUUUGCUUCGAGUGUCUGUACUCCGUUCAAGGAUUGGCUACCUGCUGUUGCUCGGGAGAAAACUGAUGAAGAGAUAGUUUCAGCAGUGGUUAUUAGGGAUCUUCUUUUGAUGCCUAUGGCUGUGUCAAAGAACCCAAAGAUUGCCUUUAUGUUCUUGACACCAGGUACAAUGCCUUUUGAGAGGUUGUGGGAGAAAUUUUUACAGAGUCAUGAUGGUCGAUAUUCCAUCUAUAUCCAUGCAUCUCGUGAAAAACCUGUACAUUCUAGCUCUCUGUUUGUUGGGCGCGAAAUUCACAGUGAAAAGGUAGUAUGGGGGAGGAUUUCGAUGGUUGAUGCAGAGAAGAGGCUGUUAGCAAAUGCAUUGGAAGAUGUUGAUAAUCAAUUUUUCGUCUUGCUUUCUGACAGCUGUGUUCCACUACAUACAUUUGAUUACAUAUAUAAUUAUCUGAUGGGAACCAAUGUCAGCUUCAUUGAUUGCUUCCUCGAUCCUGGUCCACAUGGAACUGGAAGGUAUUCGAUGGAAAUGCUUCCUGAAAUAGAACAGAGGGACUUCAGGAAGGGUGCCCAGUGGUUUGCUAUAACACGAAGGCACGCUUUAUUGAUUCUGGCAGACAACCUUUACUACAAUAAGUUCAAGCUGUACUGCAAGCCAGCAGAGGGACGCAACUGUAUUGCUGAUGAGCAUUAUUUGCCAACCCUCUUCAAUAUGGUCGAUCCUGGUGGAAUAGCUAACUGGUCAGUGACUCAUGUUGAUUGGUCCGAGGGAAAAUGGCAUCCAAGGUCAUAUAGAGCUGCAGAUGUUACCUAUCAACUCUUAAAGAAUAUAACGUCUGUCAAUGAGAAUUUCCACAUUACAAGUGAUGAUAAGAAAGUUAUGACACGGACCCCAUGUAUGUGGAAUGGAACAAAAAGACCAUGCUACCUUUUUGCUAGAAAGUUUUACCCGGAAUCUCUGAACAACCUGCUGAAGCUAUUCUCCAGUUACACAUCGGCUUGA